AUGUUCAUAAAUCGCUGACUGUUUUCAACUAAUCAUAAAGAUAUUGGCACUCUUUACCUUCUAUUUGGUGCCUGAGCCGGUAUGGUAGGAACUGCUCUUAGUCUCCUAAUCCGGGCCGAACUAGGUCAACCUGGCACACUACUAGGAGAUGAUCAAAUUUAUAAUGUGGUCGUUACUGCCCAUGCUUUUGUGAUGAUUUUCUUCAUAGUAAUACCUAUUAUGAUUGGAGGGUUUGGUAACUGAUUGGUCCCAUUAAUAAUUGGAGCCCCUGACAUAGCAUUCCCCCGAAUGAAUAACAUGAGCUUCUGACUUCUUCCUCCAUCUUUUUUACUUCUACUUGCUUCAUCUAUGGUGGAGGCCGGAGCAGGGACUGGAUGAACAGUAUAUCCACCCUUAGCCGGUAAUCUGGCUCAUGCGGGAGCAUCCGUAGAUCUAACCAUUUUCUCACUCCACCUAGCAGGUGUCUCUUCGAUCUUGGGUGCUAUUAAUUUUAUCACCACUAUUAUUAAUAUAAAACCUCCUGCCAUAUCUCAAUACCAAACACCCCUUUUUGUAUGAUCAGUUUUAAUCACUGCAGUCCUAUUACUCCUAUCACUCCCAGUCCUAGCAGCAGGAAUUACUAUGCUAUUAACAGAUCGAAACCUAAAUACCACAUUCUUUGAUCCUGCCGGAGGAGGAGAUCCUAUCUUAUACCAACACUUAUUCUGAUUUUUUGGUCACCCGGAGGUCUAUAUUUUAAUUCUACCCGGCUUCGGAAUAAUCUCACAUAUUGUUACCUAUUACUCAGGUAAAAAGGAACCAUUUGGCUACAUGGGAAUAGUUUGAGCCAUAAUAUCAAUUGGCUUUCUGGGCUUUAUCGUAUGGGCCCAUCACAUGUUUACCGUGGGAAUAGAUGUAGAUACACGAGCAUACUUUACAUCAGCUACCAUAAUUAUCGCCAUUCCUACUGGGGUAAAAGUAUUUAGCUGACUGGCUACUCUUCACGGAGGUAAUAUUAAGUGGUCCCCCGCCAUACUAUGAGCUUUAGGUUUUAUCUUCCUAUUUACCGUAGGAGGUUUGACAGGGAUUGUACUAGCGAACUCCUCACUAGAUAUCGUUCUUCACGAUACAUACUACGUAGUAGCCCAUUUCCACUAUGUAUUAUCAAUAGGAGCAGUAUUCGCUAUUAUAGGGGGUUUCGUCCAUUGAUUCCCUUUAUUCUCAGGGUACACUCUUGAUAAUACUUGGGCAAAAAUUCACUUCACAAUUAUAUUUGUGGGAGUUAACAUAACGUUUUUCCCUCAGCACUUCCUAGGGCUAUCUGGAAUGCCGCGACGUUAUUCUGACUACCCAGACGCAUAUACGACUUGAAACACAAUUUCCUCAAUAGGCUCUUUCAUCUCACUAACGGCAGUUAUACUAAUAAUUUUCAUAGUGUGAGAAGCUUUUGCAUCCAAGCGAGAAGUGGCUAUAGUAGAAUUGACCACAACUAAUCUCGAAUGACUACAUGGAUGUCCCCCUCCCUACCACACAUUUGAAGAGCCAACUUAUGUACUAUUAAAAUAA